GCGAGGAUCAAAGCGAUUACAAGAGAAAAGGAGUCCAAAAAACGAAGCUUGCAUUUGUCAACAACAAUUUAUCGCAGAUUGGAGAGCCCUAAAGGGAUCCCAGUGGGAUUUUUGUUGUUACAGAGAAGAAAAAGAAAGUAAAGGAAACAACAACAAACACCCGCAGUGGAAAUUCCUCAGAAAGAAAUAUUUACGUUAGGCGUUGACAUCUUUUUUUCUGUGCCCGCGCCGUAUACUGCACAAAUACACAUUUGACUAUAGACUUGCAGGCUAGGAAAUAACAGUAACGUCUUGGGAUCAUCCACAUCAGAGUGAAACUAAACAAUACAACAACAACAGUACUACAGAGCGGGUGGGGGGCUAGAGGUUUGCAAUGUUUAUUGGGGAGCAGGAUUUGAGUGAUAACUGAAAUAAAACGGGGGUGCUGUUUAAAACUUCAGAGGAAGAUGAUCAGGGAUGUUCCCCUCCCCCCGGCUCACCACUUUUAUCUUUAGCAGAUUGGGAGGAGGAGGAAGAAAGCCCCCACUCCCGAACAAAUCACUCCAUGAAUAUGCAGGGCAGCGCUCAUUGAGUCUGAAAGAGUCACGACCCCAGUCGUGGUUUCUUGACUUGCUUGUAGCUGUUGCUCUUUCAUGCUCACUUUUACCGUAUUGCUCCCCCAACAGGCAAAACUUUCUAUUCACACACACACACACUGACGUCUUUUGCGCAUUUCCUGCAUUAGAGAGAGAGAGAGAGAGAGAGCGAGCGAGGCAAAGAGAGGUGGGGUGGUGCUCAGCCCAGCACCACCGCGAGGCAGCAGCGCUAGCCAUCCAGAAGGCGGUGGUCACUCUGUGCCUUUUUAAAUCUCCAAAGAGCCUGAUCCGGAGCAGACUCCCCUCAUGCAUUGGAUUCGUUCCACUGGAUCCUUGGCCUUUGAGGAGGAGGAGGAGGAGGAGAAGGCGAGGAGGCUCCUCGAUCCUAUGCGGAUGUAAGGUCCCCGGGUGUGUGUUUUCUGAGCAGAGGCUGUGAAGUAGGCAGGGCUGGUUGUUUGGCUUGGUGUUUCGGGUUUGUGUGUGUGUUGCUGCUGCUGCCCACAGACAGUACUAGCGUGAGCAAGAGCCUCGGAUCGCGGCUCUGCCUCCUUUGCAAAGACUGAUCCAGGAUUAUGAUCUAGGUGAAGGGAAAAGUCUGUUGCCCAUCCCAAGGGUUUAUUAUGCUCGGAUUUUGAUUGCAUUUUGGGGGGGUUUCUGCAAACACGGCCGUCCCCCCCUCCUUCCCUCCCUUCCUCCCUUGUUUUCCGUUAGAAACACAGGCACAUUGUAUGUAUUCACGGGGUGUCGCAAGAGCAAAGGCUAAAUAAUCAAAGGUAGCAGCAGCAACAAUAAGGGAGCCCCCACAUUGUGGUCCGUCCCCCCCCCCGCAGACCUGCUCCCCUAUUUAUUGGUGAGAUCUCCCUGCCUCCCUCCCUGUGCGUGUGAGUGUGUGUGAGUGUGCUUAAUCCCAGGAAAAGUGAAGCCAUCCAACCAUGGUGGUUUUUAAUGGCUUGCUGAAAAUCAAGAUCUGCGAGGCGGUGAAUCUGAAACCCACACCUUGGUCGCUGAGGCAUGCGGUGGGUCCCAGACCACAGACCUUUUUGCUGGACCCUUACAUCGCCCUCAACGUGGACGAUUCCAGGAUCGGGCAGACCUCGACCAAGCAAAAGACCAAUAGCCCUGCCUGGAAUGAUGAGUUUGUCACUGACGUUUGCAAUGGCAGGAAGAUUGAGAUGGCUGUUUUCCAUGAUGCCCCCAUCGGGUACGAUGAUUUUGUGGCUAACUGCACUAUACAGUUUGAGGACUUGCUGCAGAAUGGGAGCCGCCACUUUGAGGACUGGAUUGACUUGGAGCCAGAAGGAAGAGUAUAUGUCAUCAUAGAUCUUUCAGGAUCAUCAGGUGAAGCACCCAAAGACAAUGAAGAACGUGUAUUCAGAGAGCGGAUGCGUCCCAGAAAGCGGCAGGGUGCUGUGCGACGCAGAGUUCAUCAAGUCAAUGGACACAAGUUUAUGGCCACCUACCUUAGGCAACCAACAUAUUGUUCGCACUGCCGAGACUUUAUAUGGGGUGUAAUAGGAAAACAGGGAUACCAAUGUCAAGUUUGCACUUGUGUAGUCCACAAGAGAUGCCAUGAGCUUAUAAUAACUAAGUGUGCUGGUUUAAAGAAACAGGAAACUCAUGACGAGCAAGUGGGCUCCCAGCGCUUCAGUGUCAACAUGCCUCACAAGUUCAGCAUUCAUAAUUACAAAGUGCCCACCUUCUGUGACCACUGUGGUUCAUUGCUCUGGGGUCUUUUGAGACAAGGUUUACAAUGCAAAGUUUGCAAGAUGAAUGUACAUAGACGCUGUGAAACAAACGUAGCACCAAACUGCGGAGUGGAUGCUAGAGGAAUAGCUAAAGUACUUGCAGAUCUUGGAGUCACUCCAGAUAAGAUCACUAAUAGUGGGCAACGAAAGAAAAAGGGAAAAGGCAACACCGAGAACUCUGGUCUUGGGCUAAUUGCAGGUGCAGAAUCUCAGCAGCCAGUUCCUGGAACCACACCUUCAGAAGAAGACAGGUCAAAGUCAGCACCAACCUCUCCAUGUGAUCAGGAAAUCAAAGAGCUUGAAAACAACAUUAGGAAAGCUUUGUCGUUUGACAAUCGAGGAGAAGAACACAGAGCGACAGCAACAACGUCAACAGACAAUCAGCUUAAUAAACCUGGGGAGAAUGGUGAAAACGGGGAAGUCAAACAAGUCCAGACCAAGCGAAUGGGCCUUGAAGAGUUCAACUUCAUUAAAGUAUUAGGGAAAGGCAGCUUUGGCAAGGUCAUGCUAGCUGAGCUAAAAGGUAAAGAUGAAGUAUAUGCGGUGAAAGUCUUAAAGAAAGAUGUCAUCCUUCAAGAUGAUGAUGUAGACUGUACAAUGACAGAAAAGAGAAUUCUGGCAUUAGCACGGAAACAUCCCUAUCUAACACAACUUUACUGCUGCUUCCAGACCAAGGACCGCCUCUUUUUCGUCAUGGAAUAUGUAAAUGGUGGAGAUCUAAUGUUUCAAAUUCAGCGCUCACGCAAAUUUGACGAGCCUCGAUCCCGCUUCUAUGCUGCAGAGGUCACAUCAGCACUCAUGUUUCUUCACCAGCAUGGCGUCAUCUACAGAGACCUGAAAUUGGACAAUAUUCUUCUGGAUGCAGAGGGUCAUUGCAAGCUGGCGGAUUUUGGAAUGUGUAAAGAAGGGAUUCUGAACGGAGUAACAACCACUACAUUUUGCGGAACACCAGACUACAUAGCUCCUGAGAUCCUCCAAGAGUUAGAAUAUGGUCCCUCGGUAGACUGGUGGGCUUUGGGUGUUCUGAUGUAUGAAAUGAUGGCUGGGCAACCUCCUUUUGAAGCUGACAAUGAAGAUGAUCUCUUUGAAUCCAUCCUUCAUGACGAUGUGCUCUACCCAGUCUGGCUCAGCAAAGAAGCUGUCAGCAUUUUAAAAGCAUUUAUGACAAAAAACCCAAAUAAGCGCCUAGGUUGUGUGGCGUCGCAAAAUGGGGAGGACGCGAUUAAACAGCAUCCGUUCUUUAAGGAAAUUGACUGGGUUCUUCUAGAACAAAGGAAAAUCAAGCCACCCUUCAAACCUCGGAUUAAAACCAAAAGGGAUGUAAAUAACUUUGAUCAAGACUUUACACGAGAAGAGCCAGUAUUAACGCUAGUGGAUGAGACAAUUAUAAAGCAAAUCAAUCAAGAAGAAUUUAAAGGGUUCUCUUAUUUUGGAGAAGAGCUACUGCCAUAGUCAGCAAUGGGCUGCUAGAUGAAUGAUGCUGCAAGAAGUGGUCCUAAGAAGAUCCUCCAGUUACUGAGACUCACUAGAUCAAGAACUACUUCUCUUACCAUGAGCCCGUAUCCCGAUUUAAACUAUAUAUUUAUUAUUUUCCUUUAAUCUUCUGAUCUGAAGGCACUCUUAAUUUCUGUCUCACAAACAAUGCAAAACAAUUUUCUAUCAGAAAUUGUAGAUGUAACACACUGCCGUGCUUUUGCAAUUUGCAACCUUUCUGUUACUCAUAAGGUCUGCCAGAAAGGACACAAUUUGCAUCUUUUCAUGAAACAAAAAGAGCCAUACUGUUUUAAAACAGAGAUUUAGCAGAUUUUAUUUCUCAUCCUACAAUAGUACAUAAUUGCCAUACAUCUUUAAUUAAGAAAGAGAGCCAUUUCUUCUGCAUUGGUGAUUACAAUGAAGUUUGUACUCAGAUGUGGAGAAGACAGUUAUACACAGUUCUGUGGUAAUUGAAAAAGUCUACUUUCUUAGAUUUGCAAUUACUGAUCACAUAUGCUUUAACGUACUGGGGUGCAAGCAUAAUGUAAAAAUAUCCACCAAAAACAGGCAUAGCUAAUUUUUCAUGAUGAGUAGUUAGGAAUAUAAGGAAUCAUGAAGAUAAUGUAAAAAGUUGCUAAAUAUAGGAAAUCAGAUACUCUAUAGACAGGUAUUAAAGGGCUAAAGUAUAAGAAUCGAUCAAUUCUCCAAAAGCCUAUAAUAGCUUUAACGAAGCUACAUAGGUUUACUACAAAUUUGACAGGUAAUUGGGUAAACAUUACUUUUCUUUCUUAGUAAAAGUUUGUACCCAAAGCAAACAUUGGCAGGCAUGGAGGUGUUUUAAAUUACGUGUUUCUAAAAAAUAAUAAUCCUUUGUAUUCAAUUUGAAUGAUAACAAUCCUGCUUAAUUAUGUGUAUUUAUUUUUCACAGCAGUGUGUUACUUUUGCACACUUUUACAAAACCACAGUACUACUGUUUUUAAUGUUUAAAAUCUAAUAUGAAAUCUGUGCUAUUAGAAAAACACAAAACAAAGCUUAACAUGGAUUAUGUGAAAGUGUGUUGAAAGACUGAAGAUCAAACAUUCAAAAACUGACAUUAUGGAAAGAUGUAAAUUGAUUUUCUUGUGUAUUAAUUGAAGUGGUAACUCAUGUGGACAAUAUUACUAAUGUGAAGUUACCGCCUGUAGAUCUGCUAACAGUGUUAUGUACUUAUAUUUCCAGAAGUACCCUGUGUUUUUUGUGUACAUGUAUCGCUGAGGUAAUUUUAUUAUAUAUUUUACUGGACUGAGUGAGCAGUUAAUGGAAUCCAUUUUAAUUGUUGCACAUGGAUUUCCAGCUGCACAAAAAAUAUAUAUACUUGUUCCUGGCAAAGUGGCACUUAAGAAGCUUUUUUGCCUUUUGUACAGGUGAGAUUUUGUAUAUAGUGUUUGCUGCAAGGCCUGUGGAAUUCAUUGAAUAUAGAGGUAUCAACUGCUGCAUGUUCAGGCAUAUUAUAAAAACUUUAGUCUAUGAAAGAAUAAUUAUAAUAAUGUCCAUGUGCAAUACUCUGUAUGUGUAUUGGUUCAAGUUACUGUCAGAGAGAUGAGGGUUUUUUUGUUAUAAAAGAUGUAGACAUAUAUUAAGCUAUACUAAAUCUCUUUUAUAGUUCUUUUCAACUCUAUGAUAUGAUAGAGCUAGGAAAGAGAAAGGAAUGUUACAAAUUGUAGUGGACAAAGUGCGAGUCAUUGGCUUUAAGAGAUAAAUCUUGGUCUCAAGCAAAUGAGUUAGUUUGUGUCAAUUAUGCGUCUGGCUGCUCAUAGCCUUUGUAACUGAUGACAACAUUCAGUUCCAUUUUGUUUUUUUAAAAACUCAGGUGUAAUUAUUAUAUAUAUUCUUAUGAUGAUUUCAAAAUAUUAAAUAUUAUGCUAUAUCAAUUCAUGUGUUGUCUGGCCUACAGGUGUAAUAAUGGAUCGAAUCUUUAGAUUAAUUUAAUUUAUCUUCAGUAAAUUUAUGUACUGGGAAAAGACUAGCUUCUGGAGUUGAGUACAAGCACAGAAACAUUUUAAUGAUUACAUCAUCUCAUUUUUUUUCCAAGGAAACUGUUGUAACAUUGCCCAUACAUUUUCAUGUGUCACUACUGGCUCUGUGUAAUUUUCACCACCUAUAGCUUCUGUCAUCCGGGCAAGAACUGAUCACAGUGCUAAGUGUUCUUUUACAUAGGUGAAUAGAAUGAAGAAAAACUAUUGCAUAGUGCACUACUGUUUGUAAAAUUAGAGGCCUUUAUACAAAAUUAUUAGCGUUUGCUUCUGGGGAGUAAAUACAUUCCACAAAGCUUUUGUGAGCAAACUGUUUAGAUCAAUCCUGUUUUUAGUGUGAAAAUCAUUAACACACAUUUCUAUUACAAGAGGCCUUGGCACCUGCAUUUGUUUUGUAAAGAUGCUAAGUGAGGAGUCAAGGAGGUAAAACUUUUGCAUGGGCAGAUGUUUCUUCAAUACAAGUAAAUAGAUCUUCUGUAUGGGGUUUACAUUAGGAGGUUUGUCUGUUACCUUGAACAUUUUUUUAAAGAUAAUUCUUAAAAAUGGACAUGCUGUUACAUUUCUGUAAAAUCUUUCCUGAUCUUUUUUUGUAAAAUGAGUGCAAAAUGCCAAAAAAAAAAAAAAAAAAAAAAAAAUUCCACUGUUUCUUGUUUUUCUUCCAUAUAGAUUUUAUAAAAAGUGGAAACAUUUUUUCCAUAGAGUGAAAAAUAAUGAAUUCUCUCCAAAAAGCUAAAAAAUUACCUCUUUUUAAAUUAUGGGCAGAAUAGCUCUCGUUAAAUAUAAAAUGUAUUCAGUUUUAGAGUUGGGGUUGGUUGGGUUUUUUGGUGAGGCUUUAUUUGUACAGGAUUUCUUUUUCUUAUGGAUGUAAUUUGAAUCUCUUGCCAUUCAUUAGUGUUAUUUCAUCGUAAACAUUAUUACUGUGCCAAAUGUACUGUAUUCAAAAGGAUGUGAAUGUGUAUUGUUUCAGAACCUAAUAAAUACAAUGAUGUUAAAUCUUA